AAAAACAGAAACGAGAAAAGAUACCACCAUCAGAAUUUCUAGAGUCAGUACUAACUCAUUGUCAGUACUUGUACUCAACUUACCUGCACAACUCUCUGGCACAGUCCGUAGAAGAAAAACAGCGAAGCAUUCUCAGCAAUGUUAGCCGCCAAAGACGGCACAGUUCCGGCGUAAAGUCCUUUUAUUCCUUGUGUGUUCCAGGUUUUCUUCCCGCAAUCCCAGGCGCCCGUGAAAAACUGCGGAUACGUCUGCAUUUUCACCUGUUGAUAAGGACAGCACGCUUGCAGACAAACGCAACGCUGAUGCAAAAAGCAUUAGCCAGGUUCACAGCAUACUUUGAUUGUAUCCAGUGGCUGGCAAACAAGAACUGCCAGACCUCCGCCUGAAACCAGAUGGAAUACGUUUGUAUAAAAAUCAGCGCCAGCGGGGUUGGAGAGAUCCAUUUUAUACACACACCAAGCGCUCCGGCGAAUAAGUCGAUGGCUCCCGUGAUCGGAAUACGCAGCUUGAAGCGAAUCGGAUCGAUUGGACUUCCGGUCAUGGCGCAGCACCCCGAAAAUAAGAUAGGCACAAAACUGUAUCGGCAUUUUUCGUUCUUUUUCUAUCGACAUGGUGUAAUUUACCGCGGUUGAUAAACAAGUUGCCCAUUUGAACCGAACCCGCAAUCUGAAAGCAUGUCUACCACGUUAUUCAUAAGCAGCGACAUUCCUGAAAGGUUCGUCCGAUAAUAUUGUUACGCAGAGUCAGAUAGCAGGAAAUGGACCAAGUAUGGCGAUUUCCUUACAAACCCAGAUUAGUCAAAUGCAGCAGCCCGUACAAACAAUCCGAGUCAUAUGUUACCGCAGCGUUCUGCCAUCCGCAUUCGGCAUAGCAACUGUUUCCGUCUCCGAUUGCGGUACUCCAUCAGAGCAGUGCCAGUGUCCAACCGGUACUGUGCCGUAUUCUACCGUGUCUGGGAUUCCAACCGGAUGCAGCUGCGUAAUUCUAUGCCAAAAUGUCUUUCCCUGACGGAGUAUCACACGCGCCUACAUCGGUGAUAAACAGUGUCGACAGUGAUUUUGCGGUGUCACCAGUAAAUACUGUUGGACAUGGUGAGGAUGCGGCCAGGGAAAACUACGAAAGAAAAGAUGUGGAAAGUGAGCGGGAAUUGGAUCCGUUUGCGCACGCUGACCUCGGUGAAGACAGGAGAAAUGCACAAACCACCACGACAAAUCUUGCUCAAAGUAAACAUCGGGACCGGCAUUUUUGCCAUGGCAAGCGCAGUGAACAACGCAGGCUUGACGACGGGAACGAUUGCCAUUGUUGUGAUGGGAUUUAUUUGUAUUCAUUGUAUGCACAUUCUUGUGAACUGUGCCCACCAUCUCUGCAAAGUAGAAGGAAAAAACGCUUUGGAUACGGGGAAGUUGUUCAGGCGGCAUUCAGGCAAAGCUCGUACAGUAAAUACGCAAAUCUCUCCAAAAAAGUUGUGGAUCUGCUUAUAAUUGUAUCACAGUUUGGAUUCUGCUGCGUCUACAUCGUUUACGUCGCCACGACACUGCAAGAUGUAAUUCGCUACUAUACGGACGUUGAGCUGCCGAUACAGGCGUACACAGCUAUGGUACUUCCCUUCUUGAUUCUGCUUUGUUACAUUCGGAGCCUAAAGAUUCUAGCGCCCUUUUCCUUGGCAGCCAAUCUCAUCUUAUGCACCUGUCUGGUGAUAAUUUUUGUUUACGUUUUUGGCCAUUUAAAAUCAGUUGACUCGUCCCACAAUUUGCCGGAUGGUCGAAAUUGCCGCUGUUUAUUGGGACUGCAAUAUACGCUUUCGCCCCAUAAAGGGAUAUACAUUGUGGUUAUCCUUCUGGUCGGUCUCGUCGUUUUUUAUUCCUAUUCACUUCAGUUCUAUGUCCCUUUUGAAAUUUUGUGGCCAACAGUGAAGAAGCGCCUCAGGACGCCCCUCCAAGUGAAGAUCGGUGAAUAUUUAUUUCGCACCGGCAUCGUGAUAUUUACGUUUCUUCUUGCCGUUGCUAUUCCUAAACUGGGAUUAUUCAUCUCCCUUGUGGGAGCAGUGGGAAGCAGUUCCCUUGCACUUAUAUUUCCACCGGUAUUAGAAACUGUCACCUACGGUUGGCAGAAUCAAGGCAAACUGCACUGGAAGUUGAUUAAGAAUGCCGCCAUAUUUAUAUUUGGAAUUCUCGGUUUUGUUACCGGGACCUAUGUAGCCGUUUUAGAAAUUGUUUUAUCAUUCGAGAAAGAUGCUACAGAUAGCGCGACUACUACCGCACUUCCUACCCAGGCAGUACCUGUCCAAUAUCUUUCGUGAUAAAAAUACUUUAUUUCGGUUUUUUUAUUUUUUUACUUGUUGUAAUGCUCAUUUAAACACUGUGAUCAAUCCUGGCAAAUCCUUUGUGUGCGCCAAAAUAAUUAAACGAAGCACAGUA